AGGUAAAAGAAGAGAAAGAAAAAACUAGGGCUCUCACUGUGACUUCAACUGAUGAAACAACGGAUAUGGCAUCUUCUUUGGUUAAAUUCGAGGCUACCGCUGCCUAUUCAUUAUCUGUUGCAAAGGAAUAUAUCAACGGUUUAAUGCCCAUCUUAGAGAAAGAAACUGAGGUAAAAGAAGACCAGUCUCUAAUUACUAAGGCUCCCCCUGCAACUUCAGUCAGUGCAAUGAAAAGCGAGACUUCUUCCUUGGCUAACUUCGAAGCUACCACUGCAACUCAGCUGUUCACUUGUGCACAACGACAAGCAGGCACAACGAAAGACGAAAACAAAAACGAUAGCAAGGUACAUCCUCCCACCACACCUUUAUCAAGUACAUCCACGAGUAGCAAUGUAUCAUCAGAUAAGUCUACCGUUAUUGAUGAUUUCUCCACACCUACUCCUACCGCCAGUACACCCCUCCAUUCCUCUGAGCACAAACAAAGACUUCAGUCUACAAGAGGUCUAAAUGUUUCUGGUGAUAUUGCUAGCCACAAACAUAAGCAUCGCUCCAGUGUCGACAAAGACUUACAAACUACUGGUAGCAAUUAUACCAGUAACAAGAACAGUAAAGUAUCAAAACCUCAUGGACCCCUAUUUUUCAAGGAGUCUUGGACUGAACUAUUCCAUGAUCCAGCAUACUUGAGGUAUACUCGGCCGACACCAGAGUUCCUCAAUGAAAGCGCAAAUGAAGGACCUUUCAGUACUGGCUAUGAUUCCGAAUGUAUUUAUUAUCCUAACUGUACCAACCGAAACUGUAAAUUCAUUCACCCUGGACCUGAUAACAAUCCUCACGUCAAACGCUUCCACAGUUCUUCCAAAAAGCAAUGGUCAAUUGCCGAUCGUAUUGAUAGACAAGCACAGUCUCAUCCUCCUGUUUGGAAAUCACGUUGUACUCAUUGGCCAUUUUGUACCAACAAUAAUUGUAAAUACGCGCAUCCUAUUAAAGAAUGCCGAAUGGGCGAAGAAUGCACAUUUAAAGAACGUUGCAUGUUCCUUCAUCCUAGUGAUUAUAUGGAGCCACCAAGAAAAUAUGGCAACAAAAGACAUACCCUUCAGUAACCAACAUAAAUGCAUCGAUACAACUUACUAUUUUAUUCUUCUACUAAAUAAACAAUUCAGCUUAUAUAAAUGAAACAAACGAUAUAAGUUCUUCUCUUUA